AUGACGCCCAUCUCCGCCCUGGACUUGCAGCAAAAAGGAAACGAAGUGUCUCGACACAGCGCGAAGACUGACGAGGGCGCAACCAAGCGACCGGUGAAGAAGUGCUUCUUUCAACACUUCACCAGCAGCUGGAUGGACAGUGGUGGCGACGCCUACGACCUCAUGAACCAGCAAGUAACGGGCGUGGACGAUUGCGAACAGCUUUGCUGCGAGCAUGCUGAGUGUCAGUCAUUCACGUUCUGGCGCGGUCGCACCUGCUUCCUACGCGCCUCAAGCAACACUCCGCGACCGAACGGCGACUCAUUCUCCGGCUGCGGAAUCAGGUUGACGUUGAAGUUUGCAGGAGUGAUUGUCAUUCAAGAAUCUACCGCCAUGGACACAGGAUGCGGACAAGAAGCAGUGGCGUUGACAAUGAUGGAAAGUGCGCGGAACAUCAGUACUCGAGAAGAUAUUUUGCGACGUAUUGAGGCGCUGGCUGCAGAGUUUUUAGAGAUUUUAUCGACUGGAAAAGUGUUGGAGCUGGAGGCGUUGAAGCGCGAUUCGUCAGCGAUGAUUUACGAUCACGAGAAUCAACGGCAGCUUCACGGGAAUGACACGCGGUUGAUCAAACUGAACCGACAGGGUGGCAGGAAAUACACAGGGAUUUGGCUGAUCUUGCAGACAGCGCAUGCUCUAUUGACAGAAAACAAAACAGCAACUCAGAGAGACGUUUAUUACCUGCAUCCUUUCUUUAAAGGGCAGGGCGAAGCUGACGAAGCUAUCCUCGACGCCGGAAGUAUCCUGGGUAUUCCAAGAGACUCCAUGAACAUUGUUGCUGCAACUAAAGGCUGCUUCACUGGGGACAUUAGCGUUCUGGUGUCUUUGUGUUUCGCGAUGGCAUCACACAGGCAUGACACACAUUUUGACAUUUUUUGUUUGUUUGAUUUUUUUGGAAAGCGAGAUGGAAAGUGGAGGCAUUUUGGGAGUGGGGAAGAGGUCUCUAUUACUCAUGAACUUCUGCAGUUGAAGCCACAAGAAAUGAAAAGCAAUGCCACGUGUAUCCUCGUGAUUGAGAAAGACGGGAUUUUCAACCGCCUGAGAGAAGACAAGUUUUUCGAAAUAGUUCCAAGCAUUUUGAUCACUGGUCGGGGUUUUCCGGAUCUGGCUACGAGAGUAUUCGUGAGCCUGUUGAGAAACGCACUAGAAAUUCCAGUUCUUGGACUCUGUGAUUGCAACCCAUUUGGCCUCUCCAUUAUGCUCACAUACAAGCUUGGAUCAGCACGAAUGCCGCUGGAAUCACUUCAAUACGCCGUCGACAUCAAGUGGGUUGGCGUUCGACCAUCUCAAAUCGCGGACUUGGACUUGCCGAUCUCAUCUUUUAAAGCUCUCACUCGAAAAGACCUGGCAGUGGCCGAUUCCUUGUUUCGAUCAAGCUUCAUUCAGGCGAACGACCACUUCAAGGAUGAAGUUCAAAUGUGGCUUGGCGACGCGCUACCUUGGAAAAUCGAGCUUGAAGCUCUUCAUGUUUUAGGAUUUACGUUCUUGACCUCCUUUCUCCAGGCAUGUAUUGAGAAGGGCAAUUAUCUAUAA